GCGCUACUUCCUCUGUCUUCGUCAGACCCUCCCAUUUCGUCUGCUACCCUUGGGGGAUUUUACGGGUUUUUAAAAACUUAUUUUACCGUUUGUUUUCCCUACAGUUUAGCAUUCGUCACAAUUGUGCAACCAAAGUAGGUAUCGCGCGCCGGUCAACCGACUCGUCUGUGGCAAACUGGGACCACCAGGGCAAAAGAAGGAGAAAAGAAGCUCGAGACAUGUGUGCCGCGACGCUUCUCGCGCUGAUCUGCCUGCUCGCGCUCAGGUGCGCGGAGUGCGCCAAUCCGAGCAACAUCGUGUUCAUUCUCACUGACGACCAGGAUGUGGUGCUUGGGGGAAUGACCCCUAUGAAGCAGGCCAGGUCCCUGAUUGGUGAUGCAGGCGUUUACUUCUCCAAUGCAUUCACGGUGACGGCCCUGUGCUGCCCCAGUCGGAGCAGCAUCCUGACGGGCAGGUACCCCCACAACCACCAGGUGCACAACAACUCCCUGACGGGCAACUGCAGCAGUCCGGCCUGGCAGAAGGGUCCAGAAAGCCUGGCCUUCCCCGUCCACCUCAACAAGCAGUACUACCAGACCUUCUACGGGGGGAAGUACCUCAACCAGUACGGGCUGAAAGAAGCGGGGGACGUGGGAUACAUCCCUCCGGGGUGGGACCAGUGGCAUGCUCUGGUGGGGAACUCAAAGUACUACAACUACAGCCUGUCGGUGAACGGGCAGGAAGAGAAGCACGGGGACCACUACGAUGAGGACUACCUGACCGACCUCAUCGCGAACAGGUCCCUGGAGUUCCUGGAUAAACGGAGCCCCCAGCGCCCCUUCUUCAUGAUGCUGUCCCCCCCCGCGCCCCACUCGCCCUGGACGGCUGCACCCCAGUACCAGGGGGCCUUCAGCGGCACCAAGGCGCCCCGUGACGGCAGCUUCAACAAGCCGGGAAAGGAUAAACACUGGCUUCUUCGCCAGGCCCUCAACCCCAUGUCUGACACUUCGAUCGCGUUCCUGGACGAUGCGUUUCGCAAGAGGUGGCAGACACUGCUAUCUGUCGACGACAUGGUGGAGAAGGUGGUGAAGAAGCUGGAGGACCUGCAGCUCCUGAACAACACCUACAUUUUCUACACCUCUGACCAUGGCUUCCACUCUGGCCAGUUCUCGCUGCCCAUUGACAAGCGGCAGCUGUACGAGUUUGACAUUCGGGUCCCGCUGAUGGUGCGGGGCCCCGGGAUAAAACCCAACCAGACCGUAAAGGCUCCUGUGCUGAACAUCGACCUGGGCCCCACCUUCCUGGACAUCGCUGGAGUCAACCUGUCCACGGUGAACAUGGACGGACAGUCCUUCCUCUCCCAGAUGGCUCCUUCUCUGCGCAAUGGCUCAGCUCGCCCCUAUUUCCUGGUGGAGCACAUAGGGGAGGGCCACUCUAAGCCGGACCCCGCCUGUCCCAAACUGGGCCCCGGCCUCUCUCACUGCUUCCCGGAUUGUGUCUGUGAAGAUGCCUGCAACAACACGUACGCCUGCGUUCGCACGCUCGCUGCCGAAAACCUGCAGUACUGUGAGUUUGCAGACAGCGAGUCAUUCGUCGAGGUCUACAACUUGACCUCUGACCCCCACCAGCUGGAGAACAUCGUGAAGAAGGUUGACCCCGCCCUUCUGCAGACCAUGAACCUUCGGCUGAUCAAGCUGCAGUCCUGUGAGGGCGUCACCUGUCGGGACACCAAACACUGACCCGUCCGGACCGGGGGGGCUGGACAGCACAUUCUGGGAUGGUAUCUUGGUGGGAAAGGAGGACAAGAUCUGUCACUUUGUGAUAUGUGUGGUGAAGUUUGAUAUACAUGUUUGAGGGGGAGUAGCUUGCGUUUAUGGUAAAGAUUUAUGGUCAAAACGAUAACAGUUUUUUGUUAUCGCCAUGUCACCUCUCGUUGUUGAAAACCGGUUGUCUGGAGAGAAAGCCUUAACUGUGGAUUUUAUCUCUCAGAAUAUUGAGCACUUUUAAUGGGACUGAACACUUUUCAUUGACUUGGGCUUUUUAAAAUGUAAAUCCAGUUUUAACCUCUCCGUGUGUCAGUAGGCUUCUUGACCUUCAGUGACUGUUUAAGAAAUGAAGAAUAGUUGUUUAUGAUUGAUUUAAUCAGGUUAUCAGGGACGUUUAUCAAAGCACAACUUACUAAUUCAUAACUUUAGCCCCUUUUUAAGAGUCAUGUUUAAUAUGUGUCCAUCACUGUCCAAACCGAGAUCUAGCUGCUUACAGUCUGAGGGGCUUAAAAUGAUGAAGAAAAUGUUUUUGUAUUUUUUAAAAAUAUUAUCUUUAAGUGCCUUAAAGGGAAAUAUACAAAUACAAUUCAUACUAAUACUAUUCAUGUGCCUGGUACUGCUGCUUAAUUUUCGUUUACACUGGUACAGAUUUGUUCAUCUGUUUACUUGUAUUUUGAAAGACAAAUAAAAUUUGUCAAAAGGA